CGUUUAAGUGGCGUUCGCCUCUUCUAGGACGGGGAGAGUCGCAGUGGCGAGAACAAGAACUUUGAAGCCAUCAUGGGAGAUGAAGAUUGGGAGGCAGAAAUCACCAAACCUCAUAUGUCUUCUUAUGUUCCUGUAUUUGAGAAGGAUAAGUUUCCUCCUGGAGCAAAUGGAGACACUUUUAAUAGUACUCCUACUUCUUCAUCAGAAAUGGAUGAUGGAUCUCAACGAGAUCGUUUCAUGAGAAGUGGAUUUGCCUCUGGGAGGAGUUUAGGAAACAGAGAUGCUGGUGAGUCUACUACAAGAGAGAAUCCACCCACAAUGGGUGGUUUUGGAGUUGGAAAACGCUUUGGAAACAGAAGUUUUUUAAAUCGCAAGUUUGAAGAAGGUGAUAGCACUGGUCUUUGGAGAGAGUCUAAUGGCAAUGAAGAUAAUCAAACACGGGACAGAGGCUUUUCCAGGAGAGGUGGAUAUCAAGAUGGAAGUGACUCAUGUUCACCCAGAAGAGGUGGGAGAGGUAGUUUCCGAGGUUGCCGUGGAGGAUUUGGCCUAGGAAGUUCAAGUAAUGAAUUUGAACAAGAUGAAGGGACACAACGCACUGGUGGCCCUUUUGGUUCUAAAAGACCAGCAUUAAGUGGUGCAGGUAAUGGUGACACUUAUCAAAGUAGAAGUGGCAAUGGCAGUGGACGAGGUGGUUACAAAGGUUUAAAUGAAGAAGUAAUAACAGGCACAGCAAAGAAUUCUUGGAAAUCAGAAGUUGAAGGAGAAAGUACUGACCCUCAAGGGCCCAAAGUGACUUACAUACCACCUCCACCACCUGAGGAUGAGGACUCCAUUUUCGCACAUUAUCAGACAGGCAUCAACUUUGACAAAUAUGAUACUAUUCUUGUGGAAGUCUCUGGACAUGAUGCGCCACCAGCAAUUCUGACUUUUGAAGAAGCUAAUCUUUGUCAGACACUGAAUAACAAUAUUGCUAAAGCUGGUUAUACAAAACUUACUCCAGUGCAAAAAUACAGUAUUCCUAUUGUACUAGCAGGACGAGAUUUGAUGGCUUGUGCCCAAACAGGAUCUGGAAAGACUGCUGCCUUUCUUUUGCCAAUUUUGGCUCAUAUGAUGCGUGAUGGAAUAACUGCCAGUCGCUUUAAGGAGUUGCAGGAACCAGAGUGUAUCAUUGUAGCACCAACCCGAGAAUUAAUUAACCAGAUCUAUUUGGAAGCCAGAAAAUUUUCCUUUGGGACUUGUGUAAGAGCUGUUGUUAUCUAUGGGGGAACCCAGUUGGGACAUUCAAUUCGACAGAUAGUACAAGGCUGCAAUGUAUUAUGUGCUACACCUGGGAGGCUGAUGGAUAUCAUAGGUAAAGAAAAGAUUGGUCUGCGUCAAGUCAAAUAUUUAGUUUUGGACGAAGCUGAUCGUAUGCUGGAUAUGGGUUUUGGACCAGAAAUGAAGAAAUUAAUUUCUUGCCCAGGAAUGCCACCAAAGGAACAACGUCAAACCCUUAUGUUUAGUGCAACUUUUCCAGAGGAAAUUCAAAAGUUGGCUGCGGAGUUUUUAAAGUCCGAUUAUUUGUUUGUUGCUGUUGGACAAGUGGGUGGAGCAUGUAGAGAUGUUCAGCAGACCGUUCUCCAAGUUGGCCAGUAUUCAAAACGAGAGAAACUUGUCGAAAUUCUACGAAACAUAGGUGAUGAAAGAACAAUGGUCUUUGUUGAAACUAAGAAAAAAGCAGAUUUUAUUGCGACCUUUCUUUGUCAAGAAAAAAUAUCAACUACAAGUAUUCAUGGGGACCGGGAGCAGAGAGAGAGAGAGCAAGCUCUUGGAGAUUUCCGUUGUGGAAAGUGCCCAGUUCUUGUUGCCACAUCAGUUGCUGCUAGAGGACUGGAUAUAGAAAAUGUUCAACAUGUUAUCAAUUUUGAUCUUCCCUCUGCCAUUGAUGAAUAUGUUCAUCGAAUUGGACGUACUGGUCGUUGUGGGAAUACUGGCAGUGCUGUUUCCUUUUUUGAUCCUGAAUCAGAUGGCCACAUAGCACAGCCUUUAGUGAAAAUACUAUCAGAUGCACAACAGGAUGUUCCUGCUUGGUUGGAAGAAAUUGCUUUUAGUACAUUUGUUCCUGGCUUCAGUGGUAGUACAAGAGGAAAUAUCUUUGCAUCAGUUGAUACCCGCAAGAAUUUCCAGGGAAAGAGCACUUUGAACACAGCAGGAUUUUCUUCUUCGCAAACUCCCAAUCCAGUAGAUGAUGAGUCAUGGGAUUAAAUCUAAAACACUCAAGUUUGUGGUACAGUUUUGAUGCAUACAAGAAAAUAGUUUUGAUUUUUGAAUUUUUAACAGAAGUGUGAAAGCUGACACUCAUAUCUCCUGUCCUUCUGUUCUCAUUCCCACCUUUGAAAAGAAAUUCGUAUUGACUAGUUAAUGUGAAGUGCUAAAAGUUAUAACAGCAUUACAGUUGCUGAUACAAAUGGUGUUGACUGGGAAGAUUAAAGCAUUCUAAAUGUCUUGCUUAUUUUUAGUGUAUUCUUCACGAGUUUUAGACAUACUGCAUGUCUAAACCCUAAGUCUUACUGUAUAGUGUUUAUUGAUCCUAUGAAACAAGCACAAUAGGAUAUGAUGCAUCUUUGGUUAGAAAUUAGUGGGUCUCAUUUGUACUUAGCAGAAGCCUUUCAAGCCACAAGUGCCAUUGUAAUGUGAAAACGUGAUUUCCAUGAAGCUAACAGGGGAAGACUUAAGCUUUUCAAGGUGAUUUUGACUUUAGAUCAUCAGAUAUGCGAUGAAAAUGGUUAAAUAUUUACAAUGUGAGCUCUGUACUGAAUAAAAUACCUAAUGCUUGUUUUUAUUAUGUACAAACUGUCCUUGAAAAUAAAGGCUGAAACACACUUU